GUGAUUUGGGUCUGCAAUAACUGCCGGAAGCAGCAGGAGAUCCUGACCAAGCCAGGUGACUGGUUUACCGGUCCAUCCGGGAAGCCCGCCGGCCUCGGUUCGGCCGUCAGCGAGCCGUCCGUGUGCCAAACGCCCGGGGAUAAGAAGCAGCGGUCUCGGUCCCAAGCCCCCACGGGCUCCACCACGGCCAUCCAGGACCCCAGCCGACUGAGUGCGCCCGGGGCCAUACUUGGCACGGAUUCCCGGUCACUUAGCGAGCCACCGAGAGAAACGAGAAAUGGGCAGGGAGGUGGAGGAGCAAGUCGGGGAGAGCGAAGGUCAGGCCAGCCAAGGCUGCAAACCCAGGUGUCUGUGGAUCGGGACCUCCGGGGGGAUUCCAGGGAGCGCAGGGACAGCAGGCGCCUGGCGAAAGGACGGUCUCUGGAGCACGAUCCCAUCGGAGGAGGCGUGAGACGGACAGAGGAGGGGGGUUAUCAAUACAUGGAUCACAGUGGGGCUCCCCCUCGACAAGCAGGGCCGUUCCCUCCUGGAGGCAGGGGGCAGCCUGUACCCGCUAAAGAUCGCGCGAUGGAUGCAGGGGAGGUCGGGAGCGCUGCCCGACCUGGACAGAGGACAGCGGGUGGGGUCGGUGGGCCGCAUGAACGCACUCUAUUGCAGCAAGCCCCGCCCCCUGACCUCAAAGAACCUCCCGGUUCAGGCCCGAGCUCGGCCAACGGCCAGGGGCCCGGCGUGAAACGGACCAAACGCGAUAAAGCGGAGAGCAUGCUGCGCAACGAUUCGCUGAGCUCCGACCAGUCCGAAUCCCUGCGGCCGCCUCCCCCGCGGCCCUACAAGUCCAAACGGGGGCCGGGAGCGGGAGGGAAGAGGCAAACCAGCGUCAGCAGCUCAGAGGAGGAGGGAGGGACCACGCCGGAGUACAGCAGCUGUGAAGACGCUGAGAUUGAAAGCGUCAGCGAAAGAGGCGACUGGGAGUGCUACCCACAUGACCCCACUGUAUGGCAUCAUCCUGUAACCUGGCAGCCGUCAAAAGAGGGAGACCAUCUGAUUGGACGAAUCACUCUCAGCAAGAGGAGCGCCACCAUGCCUAAGGAAGCCGGGGCAUUGCUCGGGUUAAAGGUGGUGGGUGGAAGAGUAACAGAGUCAGGGAGAUUAGGUGCCUUCAUCACCAAAGUCAAGAAAGGAAGCUUGGCGGAUAUAGUUGGACAUCUCAGAGCAGGGGAUGAAGUUUUGCAAUGGAAUGGGAAGCUGUUACCGGGGGCAACGAUGAAGGAAGUUUAUAACAUCAUCCUGGAAUCUCAAGCUGAGCCUCAGGUGGAACUGGUUGUGUCCAGGCCUAUUGGUGAUAUCCCAAGAAUCCCCGACACGUCCCACCCUCCAUUAGAAUCUACAGGUUCCAGUUCUUUUGAGUCCCAGAAGAUGGAGAGGCCAUCCUUAAAUGUCCUAUCUCCCUCCAGUCCUGGGAUGCUCCGAGACGCUCCACAGCAAAUGCCCGGCCAACUCUCAGUGAAGCUGUGGUACGACAAAGUCGGUCACCAGCUAAUCGUUAACGUGCUGCAAGCAAUGGAGCUUCCUCUUCGGCCUGAUGGGCGGCCCAGGAGCCCAUAUGUCAAAAUGUACUUCCUCCCUGACCGCAGCGACAAAAGCAAGCGAAGGACAAAAACCAUGAAGAAAACCUGCGAGCCAAAGUGGAACCAGACGUUUUUCUACACUCACAUCAAUCGAAGGGAUUUCCGCAACCACAUGCUGGAGCUGACCGUGUGGGAUCAACCGAGGUCGCCAGAGGAGAACAGCACCUUUAUGGGAGAGAUUCUGAUAGAGCUAGAGACCGCCUUACUGGACGACAAGCCUCAUUGGUAUCCGCUCCAAACCCACGAUGUCUCAUCCAUCCCGCUGCCACGGCCAUCCCCCUACCUGCCCCGACGCCACGCAAACACAGAUGCCCCCGGAAAGAAACUGCAGCCAGAUGGGCGUGGCAGGGAGAGGCAGCGGGAAUCCGCGUCCACCCUCGAGGUGCCCGAGCAGCAGCGCACGCCCUCCCAUCACAUCCGUUCACGUUCAGUGUCCCCACACCGAGAGGAGCAGGGACGCACCCGGUCACGGCCACCCAACAUACCCACUCAAAGGAGUCUGGAUGAUGAGCUCUCUCAUUCCCGGCGUUCCCGCUCUCCAGCGCGUUACUACGAAGCUGGAAGAGGUCGUCAUCAAGGGGAUGAGUACCUGGACGACAGUGAGGUCAUCAUGAUCCACCAGUCAAUGCGAGGCAAAAGUGCUGAGUGCCUGCACACCAGUGAUCUGCAGCCUUCUCUGGACAGGGUUAGGAGUGCUAGCGUCAACUGUCUGACUCCAGACAAUCAUGCCCCCUCACCAGAGACUGAAAGGCAGCCCCGGACCUUGGAGCCACCUGAAUGUCAGACUCUUGGCAGGAAGCGGUCUGACAGUGGCAGGGGGCACAUGCAAGGUGGUGCGUCUCUUUCUUCCUCACUGGUGUCUUCAUCAGCGCGGAGAGUGAGGCAGCUCCCGCAGCUUCCACCUCAGAGUAGCACCAGGGAACAAGCCUUGGUAGCAGAGGAGCGUGUUCGUGAACUCAAAAUCAGGGUUCAUUCUAACCGGGUGUCCGCUGCCAGCACGUCCAGCCAACAGGACCUGGACAGAGCCCUUAGGAACAAACGUGAGGUCUACAAGGACCAGCGGAGGAGUAGUGAAAAUGUAUCCCAUAAAUCCUCAGACAGUGAUGUCAGCGACGUGUCAGCCAUCUCUCGAACCAGCAGUGCCUCUCGCAUCAGUAGCACCAGCUACAUGUCCAUCCAGUCAGAGAGACCUCGGGGACGCUUCAGCCGAGCUAUGCGUGCAUCGGGCCGUCACAUCAUGAAGAGCACCAGCGUGAGCGGCGAGAUCUAUGGAAUGGAGCACGCUGACGGCAGCCAAUCAGACACGGCGCUCGGGAGCCUCGGGAGCGGGAUCAAGAAGCGGCGCUCCAGUCUAAGCCAACGUGUAGUCGCAAUCCUGCCGUCACGGCGGAGUCAAAGUACCUCACAGAUCAUCCAGACAGAGGCACCGGGUAAGGCGGCGGACAGACAGAAAGAAGUGCCGGCAGGUAAAAAGGUCAGUAAGUCCGGGAGCAGCAGCAUUCAGAGGAGCGUGGAGACAGGCAUGGCCGUGGAGUAUCCCCGAGGAGGAUCGGCCAUGAACCGGCAGGCUAGCAGGGAGUCCACCGAUGGCAGCAUGAACAGCUACAGCUCUGAGGGGAAUUUGAUCUUCUCAGGAAUGCGUUUGGGGGCCGACAGUCAAUUCAGUGACUUCCUCGAUGGAUUAGGCCCCGGUCAGCUGGUUGGCCGGCAGACACUAGCAACACCUGCCAUGGGUGAUGUUCAGAUAGGUUUGAUGGAUAAGAAAGGCCAGCUGGAGGUGGAGGUGAUCAGGGCCCGAGGCCUUACCCAAAAACCAGGCUCCAAAUCCCUCCCAGCUCCCUAUGUCAAGGUAUAUCUGCUAGAUAAUGGAACCUGUAAAGCCAAAAAGAAAACAAAGAUUGCCCGUAAGACCCUGGAGCCACUCUACCAGCAGCACUUGCUUUUUGACGAGAGUCCUCAGGGCAAGGUGCUUCAGGUGAUAGUAUGGGGCGACUAUGGACGACUGGACCACAAAUGUUUCAUGGGUGUAGCACAGAUCCUGUUGGAGGACCUGGACCUCUCGAGCACGGUGAUCGGCUGGUAUAAACUGUUUCCGCCGUCUUCGCUGGUGGAUCCCACGUUAGCUCCGCUCACGCGGCUGGCGUCUCAGACGUCGCUGGACAGCUCAGGACCGCCGCCCGGCACUCGGUCCUAGUGACCGAACCGCGAGCACCGAAACCAACAACAUCCCCCAAACGAACAGAUAACGGACCACUGCUCCUGGACCUCAGCUGAACAGAGGGCGGGAACGCCCCGAGGACGACAACGAUACGCCCCCUCGAUCAACCAAUGAAAUGCCAGAUGGAGAGACAGGGACCAAGAGAGAGAAAUGAGCGAGGGAGAGACAGAACUAGCCAAUCAAAGCUUAGCUGGAGUCUGACAAUCAUGUCUCACACCUUCCCUCUUCCUCCUCUGUACGCUUUUUUUUUGUUUCGUGUUGCUUUCAUCGUUUCAUCCACCGAGCUGCAUCUGUGGAGGUUGCUGUCCGACAUUCUUUUUUUUUUUUUUUUCCUCUCCCAGAUUUAUUUGAUUUUCUCUUUUUUGUUUUCUCGCACAUUCCUCAUCAGAGCACCUGACUGAAGCGGAGUCCCUCCACCUAGUUGCCCAUCAGCCAGUAAGAGUACAGCUUUUUGAUAGGGGUAGUGGGAUUUAGGAAGUAGCAAACUGUUGGAGUUUCAUGCGACUGUUUUUCAGAGGUGGGUAACGGUGUCGAGCACGAAGACCGACAGUUUCACGAGAUUCUUCAAGGGAAGUAAGCUUGCACGUUCACGUACACAUCGUUGGUCUUGUGAAAAACGAAAGGAAGCACAAAAGGUUCAACUCUAUCAAUCAGACAAAAUGCAAAAACUCUCGGUAUCUAAACUGAGAGAAGAGAAACCAGUGGCCAAAUGAAUCAUUAACUUUUAUUCAUUUGAAAUAAUAUUUCCUAUAUCUUUUCUUUUUGUACUGUUUAGAAUGGUACCGCAAGGUGCAGACUCCCUCUGUAUAUGUGUACGUUUGGUUUUCAAGCAGUUUUUGUGCCAAAGGCCUGAAGAUAAAGGUCCGGUCACACCUGCUGGACCAGCCUUCACCUAAACCCCCCGCCCGUCCUCCUGACCCCCCCCUCAAACUCCCUCUGUUGGAGGGAGCAGCAUGACUCGGGGGACGCCGCGCCCCCGAAACCCCCCAAAGCUGCAUGCACGUUUCUUUUGUUCCGUUUGUUUUUGUUUUUUUGUUUCGUUCUCUACUUUUUAGUAAAAACCGAAAGACGAGACGAAAUUUUAACAAACCAUUCUCGGUAAAAACAAAAAGAGAAAAAAAAAAAGACUAGACUACGUGUGUUAGUUUCACAUACUUUUAGGCCAGCUUGUAUGUUGCAUGUUCUUGUACAGUUUGCUCGUACUGAAUAUGAAUACAGAGAAAAGUCAAGCCAUCUCCGCACCAAACAGGAGCGGACCAAUAGUGUGGGGGGGGGGGGAUCACUCCACCCAGGCCACGCCUACCACUCUGGGUCUAAAUAUUCAUAUUAGAAAGUCUCAAGAAAAAACUGUCUACGGUUCAGUUUUUCCUUCAAACUCUUUGAACAACAGUGCUGUUCUGUAGUACUGAACAUACUCAAGCCCCGGGCAUAUCUGAGGAUGUAGGCGUCUAAAACUGUAGUUUAAGACCGAAGGGGCUCAAGAUAAGAGAUAUAGAAUGUGUGUAUAACAGCUAAAUGUAUAUGAAGUAUCAUUAUGAGUUUGACAGAAAUUAUAAAGAUAUAGUUAUAUGAAUAUAAAAAGAGUGUAUCUGACCGAACACCCACUACAAACACACACACGCAUCCACACCUUGUACAUACAAAUCAGGAUGAGCGGCUUGAACUUAAGGUAUGAACAAAAUAAAACAGAGCUGACACGAACAUUCCUGGUCUUGCAGAGAGGAAUUUGCUUCUGGUGCUUGAGCCGCUGAGCGGCCCCGAGCCACAAGGACGCACUAAUAGGUCCUUGUUUUGGACCCGGUUGCAGAAAAAGAAGCGGAAAACAAUUAGAGCAAAGUAUACUUUCUUCUCUUUUAAUCAUCAUAUUCCCUGUUUAUGACUAUAGUUUGGACUGGACUUUUAAAGCCAACGAGAAAUCUGGUUUGCGCACAUAUUUUUGCAGAUGUUUUUUUUUUGUUGAUCCUCGGCAGUGUGGCCCACUGCCCUUUCCUUUGUCAGUAUUACUUCAGGAAUACUGAUUGUUUACAGCCCAUGGCUCCCAAACCACAAAUCUUGAUGAGAGAUGAAGUAUUCACUGCAACAGUUCUUGUUUGUAUAACAGAUGUGGCUCUACUGAUGUGUAUGUUUUAUAUUCAAGAGUUCAUUUUUAUUAUUUACAAAUAAAA